AGGCGACUAGCCCUAUAUAAGGGUUCCAGCUGCCGGCAACGACCACAGUCGACCCUCAGCUCGCUGAAGAACCGCCACAGAAAAGACAUGAAGGUUGCAGUGGCUCUCCUUGUGCUGGUCGCCGCCGUUAUGGUGUCCUGUGACGUCAUCCCCAUAGUUUCGCGCACCGAAGAACGCGACGCCGCCGGGCAGUACUCCCUGUCGUACCAGACAGGCAACGGCAUCACAGUGGUGGAGCACGGCGAGCUGAAGCCCACUCCUGACGGCAAGGACCACGUUCUGAUCAAGAGCGGAGGAUACCAGUACACCAGCCCCGAGGGCAAGCCUGUCGACAUCAGGUACAAGGCUGACGAGUUCGGCUACGUCGCCACCGGAGACGCCAUCCCAGUUGCACCUGUCGCCUAAGAACACAGAACUGGAUGUGUUGCUGCUGAUUGCUCUCCUCUGUACAAAAAAUCAUGACGUGAACGAAUAAAAUCGUUUUACAACA